AAUUUAAGAUCUGCUUUUACCAAACGAUUGACAAUGGGGAAUAUCUCUUUGUUGGAUCUCUACGUUUUCGCAAAGUGUUGCGCGAUGUAGGUUUACGUCACCUUCUAUGGCCUCGACGCCACCUCGACUGUUCCGUCCAAUUUUUGCAUGGGUGGUCUCGUAGCUCAGACUCCGUAUUCCGCGCUGUUGUUGAACGAUGUAGAUAUACAUUAUGAUUUUUGAAAGUGCUGUUAGGUUACUAGUCAGCCUGAGAUGCACAAGAAGAGGUCUGUUUAUCCAGCAGUUGUUCUUGACUCGUGACUCUUGUGUUUUGUUUUUGUGGAGUAGUUGCAGCAGCUGCUUUGACCAUGGACACCCUGUCCAGCCACAGCUCCUAUCUCCUCCAGCAGCUCCAGGAGCAGAGGAUUCAAGGGCUUCUCUGUGACUGCAUGCUGGUGGUGAAAGGUGUCUGCUUCAAGGCCCACAAAAAUGUCCUGGCUGCUUUCAGUUCCUAUUUCAGGUCUUUGUUCCAAAACUCUCCCAGUCAGAAGAACGACGUGUUCAACCUGGUGACCCAGGAUGUCGGCGGCAUCGGCCAAAUGCUGGACUACAUGUACACCUCCCAUAUCGACAUUAAUCAGGACAACGUGCAAGCUCUCCUGGACAUUGCUCAGAGUCUGCAGGUCCCGAAUGUGCAGAGCCUGUGCAACGCUUUCCUCAAACCCUGCCCGCCUCCCGUAGAGAUGCCUUCGUUUGCCCUCCCAGGCAUGCUGAGCUCAGAGCACGACUGCCUUUUGGGGAGUAACCUGCCACAUGAUGUUGACCUCCACUGCCCGCCUGACCCCCAGAGGUCGGGCUAUUACGGUGACAUGGAUCACACAAGGAGGAUGCCGGGGACGGGGUCUCACAGCAGCUUGACGUGUGACGUACAGAGCGGCUCCCAGGCGCCUGCAGAAAAGCAGCUCAUUCACGGUUACAAACUCCGUAAUUUCUACAGUAAGCAGUACUUCAAACAAAGUGCAAUUCAGACAAACAGCGCAUCCUCAAAUCAAGGGCCUCUGGUAUUGGUGGAAGAGCAGCAAUGUCAGCUCGGAAUGAGUCAGGGUGGCAAUAGCUCUCCUGUGAUUUUAGGAAACACGGUCCAGCCCAGCCCUCCUUGCACAUCUGUAACAGCAGAAAAAAACGGCGUCUCUUCUUUGACCCCUUUGAAUAAUUUAAACACCCCCGCCUGCGACCCGACCGACUCCGCAAUCAACAAGCCCGUGCGUCCCAAGAAGACCGUUUACCUGAAGAAAUACAAUUACCUCCGGUCUCAGAAAGCCUUAGAGGAGAUGUGUGCCGAGUCGGUCGCCGAGCCCGUCCUUAGCUGUCCCAAAGAGAGCCUUCAAGGGGGGCCCGUUGCCCACGCUGAGGCUCCGGAUGAAGCUCCAGAUGAAGCUCCGGAUGAAGCUCCAGAGGCUCCCAUCGGCAGCAGCCCUUUAGGAAGAGAGGAGUGUUCUGGGGCAGCAGACACGCAGCUUCCUAGUCCCCCACCCGGAAACAAAGAGGAGCAAAAUCUGAAGCCUCAGUCGGAGCCUCCUCACCAAGCGGGGCACAAGCAGUACUGCUGCCAGUUGUGUGGGAAGAUCUUCAAACAUCCGAGCAACCUGGAGCUGCACAAGCGCUCUCACACCGGUGAGAAGCCGUUCCAGUGCAACGUCUGCGGCAAGAACUUUUCUCAGGCAGGCAACCUGCAGACCCAUUUGCGGCGACAUUCCGGAGAGAAGCCGUACAUAUGCGAGCUGUGUGGUAAAAGCUUUACUGCAUCGGGGGACGUCCAGCGUCACAAAGUGGUUCACACGGGAGAGAAGCCGCAUCUGUGCGACAUAUGCGGCAGAGGAUUCACCAAUUUGAGUAAUCUCAAGGAGCACAAGAGGACUCAUGCAGCAGACAGGACAUUCACCUGCGAUCAAUGUGGAAAGUCCUUCAACACACACAGGAAGCUGCUGAAGCACAAGGCCCGCCAUACUGGAGAAAAAUCCCACAUCUGUGCCACUUGUGGAAAGCGCUUCAUUGACUCAGGAGACCUUCAGCGUCACAUACGAUCACACACUGGUGAGAAGCCUUACGUCUGCAACACCUGCGGAAAGAGCUUCACCCGCUCCGCCAUGCUGAGGAGGCACAGCAACAUGCACUGCAAGGGGCCGUCUGUCCCCAGCCCGACCGCAGCCAGCUCUGAGCAGACUCAAAAUUCGAAUGGAUCGGCCUCGUUUACUAAAUCACUCCGCCGGAGUAAACCAUCAGCUGCUGCAACCAACCGGCAGUUUUCUGCCGUCGUGCCUGACACAGAUUUAGGGAAACCCUCAUCGUGCAGUCCUCCGCCCACACAAGCAAUACAACCCAUAGAGACUCCAGGACCCAGCAUGCACCUUAACCCCGCACUGACCUCCCUUCCAGAGCUGCGCUCCCUGGUUCCCCAUCACCUCCUUUCAUCUGGCCACCAGGAGAGAAGCGUCGCUCUGCUGCCCGCCGACCGCCUGAAGCUGAACAAACCCACUCAGGAAGCCGUGUACGGUCCGUACGUGGAGAACGGCAACACGUGUCUGGACAGAGACCCCGCUGGCAGACCCUACCUGGCUCCGUCGGACAAUCCCUGCGGUUCCUUCACGGGGUCCGGCAGGCCCCACAGGUCGAGCGAAGGCCAGUUUAUCUCCAGUGUGACUCUGUGGGGCCUGGCGAUGAAGACGCUGCAGAACGAGAACGAUAACGACAUGGAGCAGUAAACUGUUGCGUCGUGCUUCAGCACAGGAGCAGCUUAGUCACACUUGCAAGUUGCUCCGUUCUUUAAGGUUGACUUUAUCAUGUGAACAGUUGCUUUCAUCUCAGAGAAAAUUUCCAUCAGAGCUACUACAAGUCAAUGAACUGAGAAACAAACCCCAAAAAAAUCCUAAACUUCUGAGAGCUCUUUAAAUACAUGGGUGUUGUUUCUGUGGUAACAGCUCAGUCUGACUGAUGAAACGGCAGAUGUUUAGCUGAUGACUGCUCAACGGGACGCCCACUAUUUACUAAGAUGUGCCACACUGAACCUUUAAUUGUUUACUAGAAAAUGAAUUACUGUUAUAUUGGCAUGAAAAGCCUGUAAUGAAGCAAAAUGGUUUAUCUUUUACAUGCAGCAGUGCACUUUUAAAUCAUUGCUCAAGACAGAUGUAUUUUCAUGCGAUAUUGAAUUCUGGUCAGGUAACAAUAAACCAGCUGUUUUUAAUAAGAGCA